UCGGACAAUCGUCAACCCUGCUUCUCGAGAACAGGUCGUUUUCACUCUGCGUCUCCGCAUCAAAACCCUUAGCUGCCUCGCAAUUUUUUUUCCCGUUCACCGGAGAAAGAAUGGCGCUGCCGACAGCUAACCCGGGCUUCCGUCUCGGCUGCCAGGAGUCUCCCGCGAUGGGAUUGAGGUCGGCGCCGCGGUUGGCACUGCGUCGUCCCGGCGCGGUCUCCGGGCACAGGACAUUAACUGGUGAUAUCACAAGUCUCAGACUAAUCACUGCAGUGAAAACACCUUAUUUGCCAGAUGGAAGAUUCGAUCUUGAAGCAUAUGAUUCUUUGAUAAACAUGCAGAUAGAGGGUGGUUCUGAAGGCGUAAUUGUUGGUGGAACAACAGGAGAGGGUCACCUAAUGAGCUGGGAUGAACACAUUAUGCUUAUUGGGCAUACCGUUAACUGCUUUGGCACUAGAAUUAAAGUGAUAGGCAACACAGGAAGUAAUUCUACCAGAGAGGCUGUUCACGCAACAGAGCAGGGAUUUGCUGUUGGCAUGCAUGCAGCUCUCCACAUCAACCCCUACUAUGGGAAGGUAUCAACUGAAGGAUUGAUCUCUCAUUUUGAGGCUGUUCUGCCGAUGGGUCCAACCAUCAUUUACAAUGUGCCAUCCAGGAGUGGCCAGGAUAUUCCUCCUCAAGUUAUCGAGACACUCUCAGGUUAUCCAAACAUGGCAGGAGUGAAAGAAUGUGUCGGACAUGAGAGGGUCAAGUGCUACACCGACAAAGGUAUAACAGUAUGGAGCGGUAAUGAUGAUGAGUGCCAUGAUUCUAGGUGGAAAUAUGGCGCCACUGGAGUUAUUUCUGUAGCAAGCAACCUUGUUCCUGGCCUCAUGCGUAGUCUCAUGUAUGAAGGGGAGAAUGCGUUGCUAAAUGAGAAGCUGUUGCCUCUGACGAAAUGGUUGUUCUGUCUGCCGAAUCCCAUCGCACUCAACACUGCUCUGGCUCAGCUUGGGGUGGCAAGGCCUGUUUUCAGGUUGCCGUAUGUUCCUCUUCCUCUUGAGAAGAGGAUUGAGUUUGUCCGGAUAGUUGAAGCUAUUGGACGGGGAAACUUUGUAGGACAGCAAGAGGCACGUGUUCUCGACGAUGAUGAUUUUGUUUUGAUCAGUAGGUAUUAGUAAGCGAGCUUGUUUACUUUGGUGAAUAAAAUAUAAUAGCAUCAUGUUAUGAGGAUUUUUCAGUCUUUUGUAAAGAAAUAAAACAGCUAAUCCUGAUUUUGCUUACAGUUUCCUGUAGAUCUAGGUGGCCAUUUCAUAUGCGGAACUGCCCUAUAUCAUUAGGGAAUAAAGUAAGAGAUGUAUAGCAUCACUUAUUAUUA